AGAAACAAACUCCAAGAAGUCUGCAGUCGACGUUUCAUAACCUUUACGGAUUCACGAACGGCGUCGAUUCCAAACCUCGUGCCCCGGUGCCCCGUAACGAUGCCACCAAAGGCAGGUUCCGGAUCGGGCGGCGGCAAGAAAGGAGGCGGGAGACAGACCGCGUCGUGGAGGAUCAAUUACGAGCCCAGACAGACUCGAUCCCAGGCUCGCGGAGCCGGAAGUCGGCCACUGGUUGCUUUGGACAUGAAUACUGGAAUGGCGACAACCGCAUCGCACCAGGUAAACCGGAGGGCGACGCCGCCACCAGCACAGCCAGCACAGCAAGGACAGCAACAACCUCCUCCGCCUGCUCCACCUGCUCCGCCUCCUCCGCCUCCUCCACCCCCGCCUGCUCCUUUGCCACCACCACCUCCUCCUCCGCCGCCGCCAGGUCCGGCUUCAGCUCCCACGGCAGACAAUCAGGGCGGAGACAACGAUGGUAGUGAUGAUGGCCAUAACGGUGAUGAGGGUGAUGGUGGGGAUGAGGAAAACAAAAACGAUGACGGCGAUGAUGACGAUGAUGGUGACAAUGAUGAAGACAUGAACGAUGAUGACGAGGGGAACAGGGACGAAAAAGAGAAUGAUGGCGAUAAAGGCGACGAUGGUGACGAUGGUGACGAUGGUGACGAUGGUGACGAUGGUGACGAUAGUGACGAUGGUGACGAUGGUGACGAUGGUGACGAUGGUGACGAUGAGGACGAUGAGGACGAUGAGGACGAUGAGAAUAGAAACGAUGACGAUGAGAACGAUGAGGGAAAAAAAAAUGGCGAGAAUGCAGACUUUGGUGGUUCAGACACAGGAAGCAACUCCGGCAGUAACGGUGGCACAAACCCCGAUGGGAGUCCUGGUCCCAGCGAAGAUGACGAUUCGAACACGGGCCCAAAUCUCAGCGGAACCGCCGGCCAAGAUGGAAACCAAGGGCAGCCAGUUACAGAAUCGUCACCAGGCGGGCAAAUGCCUUCCCGGAGCACGGGCGUUCCCGCGUCGCCCGAUAGCUCCCCGUCAACCGAGCCCUUCCCCUCGUACAGGGAGCCCUCUCCAUCGACGUAUAUAGACACAAGCCCGCCCUCAGGCCGGGGGGGUCGCCAAGACGAUAAUGGUGUUUACCCUGGAGACGAUGGGGAUGAUGGGAACGAAGGAGGCAGGCACCAAGACCAAGAAGGGGAGGAUGAAGACGAGGAGGACGAGCAAGAUGAGGAGGAAGAAGACGAAGGAAAGGAGCUGAACAACGGGGCUGAUCAUUCUCCAAGGCGCCGAUCACCAGGUUCCUCUCCAGGACCAUCAGCAUCAGGGCAGCAUGGGUCGCAGACAUACCCAGGGUCAGGAGGGGGGAAUAUGCCCUCGGCUCGGGGUACUGGACGGUCUGGAACCGCGCCCGAACGGAGCACCGGUCCCGGCUCCAGCCGAGGCGCCGCCAAUCGCGGUCGCAGUCGUGCCGGCAAUCAUGCCGCGCCUUUCCGGAGGAUCGGAGCACUCGGAAAGUCCCUUUUUGCUGCUGCGAACCAAGUACCCGGGCAUCAGCAAAAGCGGGGACGAGAAGAAGACGAGGACGGGACUCGGCCGGCUAGAAGGCGCAAGACGGACUCGGCCGAGACGGAAAGUCCCGCGCAGACCGCCUCCGUUCGCGGACCCAGGACGGGCACAUCGGGGAAGAGACCGAGAAUCUUGUUUGACACGCAGGAGACGCCAACGAAGAGACCGAGACUCGGAUAGAUAGAGGCAGGGCGUAUAUAAAUGUGAUGGAAUGGCAGUAGAGUGGGAGAGAAACGAGGAGUGCUCAUAUUCAUACCAGAAUGGCGUUGUGGGGUUGUCUGGUAGAGCUUGGUUCCGUGGCCGAGUUCGACCUCUUC